AUGAGUACCAGGGCGAAGCACGGCAAAGAGCGCCAGGAUAAGUACUAUUACCUGGCCAAGGAGCAGGGGUACCGCGCGAGGUCCGCGUUCAAGAUUCUGCAGCUCGCGAAAAAGUUCAACAUCUUCGAGAACUGCAAUGUACUGGUUGACCUCUGUGCCGCUCCCGGAGGUUGGCUCCAGGUCGCGUCCAAGCACCUUCCGGUGUCCAGUAUCAUCAUCGGCGUCGACCUCGUGCCAAUCCGGCCCAUAAAGGGCGUUAUCACGAUACAAUCGGAUAUACGCACGACGAGGUGUCGAAACUUAAUAUCGCAACAUCUCAAGGGAGCCGAGGUGGAUGUCGUCCUACACGACGGCGCGCCCAACGUCGGUGCCAACUGGAACCUGGACGCAUUCAACCAAAAUGUGCUAGUGCUAGAGGCAGCCAAAUUGGCUGCGCACGUCCUGAAGAAGGGCGGCAUAUUCGUGACCAAGAUAUUCAGGUCGGCUGAUUACAACUCGCUCAUAUGGAUGCUUGGAAAGUGUUUCGAACGCGUAAAGGUCACGAAACCAUCCAGUAGUCGUAACGUUUCCGCGGAAAUUUUCGCCGUAUGCAUCGGAUUCCGUACCCUCAAGGCGUUCGACCCCAAACUUUUCAACUGCGAACAUGUCUUCAUAUCUCAGGGCCAAGCGGUGCAAGAGCAGGAGGAAAAGGAAACCUCGAAAGUGACAUCUUUGAGCCAGCUGCUGCGGCAGAAGAAGAAGGUGAACAGGGAGGGGUAUGAGGAGGGCGACGAUUUCAGGGAGUACAGCGUGCUCGACUUCCUGACUUCGGAUAACGCGCCACAGAUGCUGAUUUCAACAAACCGCUUCAAUUUCAAGCCGAGGAAUGGGUUAGAUGAGGAGGCGGCCAAGAAGGAUGCCUCCCUGCUCAAGGCAGUAAUGGCCAGCGCUCUGACCACCGAAGAGGUUAAGCUUCUCUGCUCUGACCUCAAAGUUGCCGGAAGGGCGGACCUGCAGCACAUGCUCAAAUGGAGGCAGAAGAUAUGCAAGGAGAUAUUCCCUAGCGACAAGGAGGCCAAGAAAUCGAAAGACAAGGCCGAGAAGCAGGAUGGUGGAGACGAUGCUGUCGUCGAGGACGCCGGUAAAGAAGGGGCGGAGGAACCAGAGGCUGAAGAAGAUGCCCUGAGAAGGCAACAGCUUGAACUUGCUGACCGCCUGCGAAGAGACCAACGCCGCUCUGAACGUAAGAAGCGCAGGGCACUUAUGAAGCAUAAGAAGGCAAUGGCAGGCAACUCAGUUAUGCUCAGUAAUGACCCCGAUCUGUUCUCGCUAAGUGUGCUUAAGGGGCACGAUAUUGAGGAGCUUGACAAGUCGAGCGAUGCCUCGGGAGAUGAUUCGGACAAGGAAGGCGAUGGCAAGGAGUCGACCCACUCCAGCGUCACAGCCGCUAAGCGCUACAACAUCCCAUUAGACGAUAGCGACUCGGAUUCCGAUUUUUCAGAUGCCGAUUCUAUGGACUUGCAAUUUGAAACUGACUCGGAGGUCGAGGACCUUGAAGCGGACAAGGUCCACAGCAUGGAAGUAGACCUGGAAGUGCAACACGAAAUGGCAAAGCUUGCUGAAGCUGAACGCGCGAAGCCCACCAAAAAGCUCACCCGUAGGCAGCGUGUUAAUCAGGAACGCGGAGCUGAAAUGGCAUCGCUGAUUGAGAGCAUACAAAGCGAGGCACGUUUGAAGGCGCAGCAGGAAAUGCAGGAAUCAGACUCCGAGGACGAGAGCGAAGCAUCGGCGGAUGAUGGUAACAAAUCACACGAUGAGGGUUCGGAGGGCAGUAAUACGGAUGAUGAAGACGAUGCUUCAGAUGAUGAAGGCGAGGACGAUGAACCCGUAUCUGACGCCGACUCCGACGUUGCGGAUGGCAAGCAUUCUGAUGCUGUGACUCCCGCGUCCAAAGCCACUUCCAAUAAGACAAAUGCGAAGAUAUCUGAACGUAAGGCCAAGGAAGCCAUGGAGGAUGCGAUGGUCGACCGUUGGUUCGACCAGGACAUCUUUGAAGAGAAGCCCCGAGAGACCGCCAGGAAGCAAAAGAAGAAGGAGCCUAAGAAAGAAAAGGCCUCGAAGAAGCAGGCCAGCUUUGCAGUUGUACCGGCAGUGUCGGAUGCUGACGCCAUCGCUCGUGUGCGUGAUGCGGUUGAGGAAGAGCUGACUCGUGAUAAGGCGACCAUAGCGGAAGUUCAGGCCAUGGGAUCCCUCUUGGUGGAUAAGGGCACAAGAAUGGCGCUGAUAGACGGCGCGUACAACCGCCGUACGUUCGACGAUGGCGAUUUGCCGUCGUGGUUUGCGGAAGACGAGAAGAAGCACAGCAACUACGAGAUGCCCGUCACGAAGGAGCUGAUGAAGCGAUACAAGGCCAAGCUAUACGAGUUGAAGAAUCGCCCGAUACGCAAGGUACUAGAGGCUCGCGGACGUCGCAAGUUGCGCAUGGAGCGCAAACUCAAGAGUGUCCUGCCUCGUGUGGAGGCGAUGCAGAACAGUGACACAGGCAAGUCGGACGCUGCGAAGAAGCUGCUCCGCAAGGUGAAGCGUGCCGCUUCUGACAAGCGCGAGAAGGUAUAUGUGGUAUCCAGACGGGGAGGCACGGCUACCAAGGCGCCGAAGGGCGGUAAGGGAUCGCGCAAGGUUGUCAAGGCGGUGGACAAGAGGAUGAGGAAGGACAAUGUGCGGCAGAAGCAGAAGCCUCGUUCACGCUCCCGCAAAGCACGCAUACACUGA